GCGUGAGCAGCGUCUGAGGAGAUUGACAACGUGAUAUGAUUAGCAGCUCGACACACUAGCGUUUCAUGAUAAUUAAACUUAUCUUUAGAUAUCGUCUGAUAGCUAUAGAGGUAGAUACCUUUAGAUAUUUGUAUUUAAUUUGAUAUAAAAUGGCAGGGAAGAAGAAAGAAGCGAGUCUGCAGGCUUCUGUGACAAACCAAGAGCAGUGGGAGGAAAUGCUUGCAACCAAAGGUUUAACAGUUGUAGAUGUGUAUCAGCAGUGGUGUGGCCCCUGUCGAGCUGUGGUCAGUCUCCUGCGAAAAAUAAAGAACGAACUGGGUGAUGACCUGUUACACUUUGCCACAGCCGAGGCAGACAGCAUUGAUGCUUUGGAAAAGUAUCGAGGGAAAUGCGAGCCCACCUUCCUCUUCUAUGGGGGUGGGGAGCUGGUGGCUGUGCUGCGAGGGGCCAACGCUCCUCUCCUUCAGAGGAUGAUUGUGGAGGAGCUGGCCAAGGAGAAGUUGGUCCUGGAGCAAGGUGGUGAACGCAAAGGGAUUAAAGAUGAGGGUCUGAUGGAUGAUGAGCAUGCAGAUGAGGAGGAGACGCCACAGCAGUCUGAAAAUGAAGAAAGCAUAAUUGUUCCUGCCAGUAAAUCCUACACAGUUGCCAUCAUCAAACCAGAUGCUGUUGCUCACGGCAAGGCAAAUGAGAUCAUUAUGAAGAUCCAAGAUGUUGGGUUUGAGAUCCUGGCCCAUGAGGAGCGCACGCUGACUGAGACUGAGGCUCGAGAUUUUUACCAGCACAAAGCAGAAGAGGCUUGCUUUGAGGACUUGGUGCAGUAUAUGUCCAGUGGUCCGUCCCAUAUUCUGGUACUCUCUCAGGUUGAGGGCUCAGCUAACGUUGUGCCAGCAUGGCGUGAGUUUAUUGGCCCAGCAGACAUAGAGGAAGCCAGGAGAGAGAAACCAGAAAGCUUGCGGGCACAAUACGGCACACAGACACUGUUCAACGCAGUGCACGGUAGUGAGGACAUCGACCAGGCCAGCAGGGAGCUCGCCUUCUUCUUCCCCAACUUUAGGACGGCCUCGGUAACGGAGCAGGAUGGGGAGGAAGAGCGUGUGGAGAGGACACUGGCUCUUAUCCGGCCUGACGUUGCCAGAGAAAACAGAGAGGAGAUCUUAGCUCACAUCCACAAGUCAGGCUUCACCGUGGCUCUCCAAAGAGAGGUGAUGUUGACAGAGGAGCAGGUCAGACAGUUUUACUCCCAACAUGCUGAGCAGGACUACUUCCCUGCAUUGCUCCAAAACAUGACCAGUGGGCCGGUGCUAGCUUUGGCAUUGGCCAGAACGGGGGCUGUCGAUCACUGGAAGAACAUCCUCGGUCCUUCUGACGUUAAUAAGGCCAAAGAGGAGAGUCCUGAGUGUCUAAGGGCCCAGUUUGCUGUGGAGAAUGAGCCUAUGGGCCUGCUGCAUGGCAGUGAAAACCAUGAAGAGGCAGAACGAGAGAUCAACUUCUUCUUCCCUAAACAGCAAACACUGGCAGUGAUCAAACCUGAUGCCUUAGAGGAACACAAAGACAAGAUUAUGGAGGAGAUCAGCGGCGGCGGUUUCCGUGUAGCGCAGCUGAAGGAGAUGGUGCUGUCGAAGGAGAUGGCUGAGGAGUUUUACAAAGAGCACAGAGAGAAGCCUUUCUUCAACCAACUGGUGGAAUUCAUGUGUCGAGGGCCGUGUCUGAUGCUCGUCCUGACCAAGGAAAAUGCAGUGGAGGAGUGGAGGGCCAUGAUGGGCCCCACAGACCCUGAUCAAGCUAAGGAGACAUCUCCAAACUCUCUGAGGGCCCGCUUCGCCUCCAACAUCCUGCACAACUCGGUCCACGGCUCCUCCAACGAGCAGCAUGCAGAGGAGAAGAUCCGUUUUAUCUUCGGUGACAUCUGCUCAGACGCAGAGCUCACCGGUGAUGGAGGGACUGACACAACCAUUUUAGCAAAAGAGCAGGACAGUUCUGCAGAUGAAAACACGGGAACGUCAAGGUCUCCAACUGAGGACAUGUCCAAUAACCAUCAUGAAGGUGACCCACAUGAUUCAAAUCCUUGCAGCCCACAGACAGAAGGAAGUGACAAUCCAGAGCACCCAAACUGAGUCAGCACACGUUUCUCUUGUAUUGUGGGCUUAAAACACAGUAUCUUAUACGUCACUCCAUGAAUCAUGAAAUAAACAGGAAGACUGGUGAUAUUUACACACUUUAUAGACGUGUAGGUGGUGGGUUGAUAACAAAGUGACCAUAUAUUCUUCAGCCAGUUAAAGGGAGUACUUGUGUACUUGUUAAGUUACCACAAAGCAGCUGAUAGUGUCAGGGUUCAGAGAAGCAUUUAGUUGAAUCCAGUCAGUUCAGUCCAUCUUGGAUUGGCUACAGUAUUGUACUGAUUUUUGUUUUAGUUUUCAUUUUCAGUUUCAGCAACUCAUACCAUGAUAUUUACAAUUUUGGGCAACACUUUACUUGAAGGUAUCUACUUAAAAGUGACAUGACACUGUUAUAACUAUGACAUGACAUGAACCUGUCAGGAACAUU